GAAUUGUGUCAUUGCAUCUCUAAAUUCACAAUGCACCUAAAGCGCCAGGCACUAGGACCUGGGAGAGGCUGCUGCUGCUGCCCCCAGUAGAGACUGGAAUGGUAGUCAGAAACCACUGGAGAGACAAGAUGAUGGCGAAGACUUCACCAAGAUAAACAUCAUAUACAGAGUGAAAUAAUGGAAAUAUGACAUUUCUUCAAAAAAGGCAGCAACUCCGCUGAAGGCCAGUCAGGCGAGGAGAGGAAGAGGAGGAAGAUGAAGGAGACUGACAGGGCUGAAGGAGCAGGUCUGAUGAAGACAUGCUGCCGUCCAGAGCUCUGACCACGACUCUCUGCUCUCUGCUGCUCUGCUCUGCACUGAUGGAGUGUACAGUGUUCCUGCAGCGGUCGACGGCCGGGCAGAUCCUCCGCUCCGCCCCCAGGAGGCGUCGAGCCAACUCCAUCCUGGAGGAGAUAUUACCGGGGAACCUGGAGAGGGAGUGUUAUGAGGAGAGCUGCUCACAGGAGGAGGCUGCCGAGAUCUUCCAGACGCAGGAGAAGACGCUGGAGUUCUGGUACAAAUACACAAAUCUGAACCUCUGUCAGACUAAUCCCUGUCUGAACGGAGGGAUCUGCGCUCUGGACCGAGGAGACUUCAUGUGUCUCUGCCCGCCUCAGUACAACGGCAAGACCUGCGACUCAGUGGUGCUGGAGUGUCAUUAUAAAAACGGCGGCUGCAUGCAGUACUGCAGAGACCUGGUGGGUGGAGCUGGAGUUCAGUGCAGCUGCGCUGAAGGAUUCAAACUGGAGGCUGAUGGACAGAGAUGCUCCAAGACCGUGGCGUUUCCUUGUGGCCAUCAGCAGAGGGAGGCGUUGUACCGAAGUCGCUCUCUGUGGACUCACUCUGAUCAGGUCAACAUCACCAUGGAGACGGACGCCAUAUUGGACGGCAACAUCACAGAGAGCUGGUUGAACUCUACGCAAGCAGGGGGUGAGAUGACAACAGUGAACGCAUCCCAACAGAGAGGAGGGAACGAGACAGAGCUGUGGGAGGAGGAGGGGGGAGGAAGAGGAGAUGUGGAAGGUCGUAUAGUGGGAGGAAACCUGGAGAGUCAAGGAGGCAGUCCCUGGCAGGUUCUGAUCCGCAGGUCUGAUGGUUACGGUUUCUGUGGGGGGACUCUGGUUUCUGAUCGCUGGGUGGUCUCUGCUGCUCACUGCUUCGAGCAGACUGCAGACCACGUUACUAUAGGUGACUAUGAUAAGCAGCGUCAUGAUCCAGGUGAGCAGGUGAUAAAGAUUCAGGAGGUGGUGGUUCAUCCUCACUUCCACGCCUUCACCUUCGACAGCGACAUCGCUCUGCUCUACCUCGCUCAGCCCGUCGUCAGGGGCCCCACCGCCAUCCCCGCCUGCCUGCCUGACGCCCACCUGUCCAAAUACCUGCUGAAGGAUGAUAACCGGGGUGUGGUGUCAGGCUGGGGGGUCACUCAGUACCUGGGCAAGUCCUCCCGUUUCCUCAGGAAGGCGGCGCUCCCGGUGGUCAGCUACCAGAAAUGCACCAUGUCCACUGAACAGGUGAUCACAGACAACAUGUUCUGUGCAGGAUACCUGAGCGCCAGUAUCGACGCCUGCAGCGGGGACAGCGGAGGACCCUUCGUAGUGAACUACAGAGGGACCUGGUUUCUGACCGGCGUGGUCAGCUGGGGAGAGAAAUGUGCCGCCAGGGGGAAGUACGGCGUCUACACCCGACUGGGCAACUUCCUGAGCUGGAUCAGAGACACCAUGAACAGACAGGACCUGAACGCCACGCAGAGCUGAAGACAUGUUGAGCGCUGACUUCAGGUCUGUCUGCACAAGUCGCUAUUAACUCCAGAGAACAAGAAGUGUAUUUUACUGCGAGGACAGUAACAUAUCACUGUGACGUUAUUCACUCUGAAUAUUGAGUGUGGAAGUUCAAGCUUCACUGAGAGAUGCAUUAGAAGUUCCAAAAAGCCAGUAAGUUAACCUUUGAGUUGAGAUUAUUUUGUCACAAUUGGUGCCUCACCCAUGUUUCUAGUUAAAGUCGUAGUUUAGCUCCUGUGCAGUUUGUUUUGUUUAAAUGUUUUUACUUACAUUUGUGAAGUGAUGUGUAAAAUACAGAAACUGAAUUUGAACUUUUUUUUUCAUGUUUAGUUGUGACAAAACAAACUUUCUCAGAAAAUGUGACGAUUCUUUGCCAAACGUGUUUAUUUCAAUUAAUUUAUAACUCUUGAUAUAAUUCAUACAUGUGAGUGUAAAAUAUAA